CCCUCCCAAUUCUCUCGUUCUGCCUCAGAAAUGUAAACAAAUUGUUGAACUUCCAAGAGUUGCAACACUGACUGACUGACUGCCUCUCAAUCAAAUAUGCAAUAUCAAGUUAACAAACAGGCAAGAAAAUCUAACUCCCUCAGUAUUUCUCUGCUUUAUUCUCUGUUUCUCUCGUUAGUAAUCUCUACCCAGAAUUCAACAACACCUUCUUGUUUACUACACCAGAAUGCGUUCGUCUUCUCUUUUACUCUUCUGGGUCCAUUUCUUUCUCUUCUUUAACUUCAAUUUUCUCUCACUUUCUACCCCUUUCUUGCCUACCAAGAAUGUCACUCUCUUUGGCGAUGCCUACUUCAGAAACAAUGCCAUUAGUCUCACCCAAGAAAUCAGUUGUCUCUCUUCUUCUUCUUCUUCUUCUGAUACUCAUAUUGGUGUUGGAAGAGCUUUCUAUGUGUACCCAAUUCGCUUUCUUGAUUCAGAAACCAACGCAACCGCUUCUUUCUCAUGCCACUUCUCCUUCUCCAUCAUGCCUUCUCCAUUCUGUCCCUCUGGAGAUGGGAUUGCCUUUCUGAUAACAGACAAUGCCAAAUCUUUCAGUCCCUCUCGCGGCUAUAUGGGUCUUCCAGAGACAGAGCAGGACUCAGAUGAGCAAGACUCUUUUUUUGCAGUGGAGUUCGAUACAAGUUAUGAUCCUUCACUUGGUGACAUGAAUGGAAAUCAUGUUGGUAUCGAUGUCAACACCAUUAUCUCUCUCAGCUCGGUUGAUGUGGUUUCGAGGGGGAUUGAUUUGAAAAGUGGGAGGCAGAUUACAGCUUGGAUUGAGUACAGAGAUGACAUGAAAAUGAUCCGGGUGUGGCUCGACUACUCACAGAUUAGGCCUCCAAGUCCUAUUCUUGUUACACAGAUUGACCUCUCCAACCAAUUCAAGGAGUUCAUGCAUGUUGGAUUCUCUGCUUCUAAUGGCCAGGGCUCUUCAAUUCAUGUUGUUGAUCAUUGGCAAUUCAAAACUUUCGGGUUUCUCCCCUCAGUGAUUCCAAUGGAUGCAGUUGAAGAGGGGGACUGUUUCAUGUGCUUUACAGAGGAACCAAGCAUGGUAAGUGAAAGCAGCCUUAUUGAUGAUCAUGCAAGAAGAAAGAAGCUAGAAGAGCUAGCCUUUGGAUUGGGAGGAUUAGCUGCAUUUGUUGUCUCCCUAGUUGCAAUUGUCGCUGUCAUCUGUUUCUUCUCUAUAAAGAGGAGGAGAAAUAAUAUCAGAAGCAAAGAAGGUCUAACUUGUAGAGUCCAAACGAAUAGAUUACCAGCAAAGUUGUCACUUGCUGAGAUAAAAGCAGCUACAAUGGGGUUUAAUCGAAACAGAAUUGUUGGGGAAGGGGCAUCGGCUAAGGUUUAUAAAGGAUCCCUUCCAUCCGGGGGAGAGGUGGCUGUUAAAAGGUUUGAGAGGGCCAAUGGGAUUGAAUCUGUACGCAAUCCUUUCACCAAUGAAUUUGCAACAAUGGUGGGUUGCUUAAGGCACAAGAAUUUGGUUCAGCUUCAAGGAUGGUGCUGUGAGGGAAGUGAACUUCUCCUCGUUUAUGAGUACUUACCCCAUGGAAGCCUCAACAAAGUUUUGCACAAUCAUUCGAGUUCAAUGAUUAUCCUUUCUUGGCAGCAAAGACUUAACAUAGUUCUGGGUGUUGCAUCUGCUCUGACUUAUCUUCAUGAGGAAUGUGAGAGGCAAAUUAUUCAUAGAGAUGUCAAGUCUUGCAACAUAAUGCUUGAUGCAGAUUUCAAUGCCAAACUUGGAGAUUUUGGUUUAGCAGAAGUCUAUGAGCAUAGUUCUAAUACAAGGGAUGCAACUAUGCCUGCAGGUACUAUGGGAUAUCUCGCUCCUGAGUAUGUCUAUUCUGGGGUCCUGACUAAGAAAAUUGAUGUUUACAGCUUUGGUGUUGUGGUGUUAGAGGUGGCAACAGGAAGAAAGCCUGUUGAUGAUGAUGGAGCACUGGUUGUUGAUUGGGUUUGGAACAUGUGGGAAAAAGGGAAACUAAUUGAGGCUGCUGAUCCGAGGUUGAUGAAGAAGUUUAAUGUGGUGGAGAUGGAGAGAAUGCUAAUGGUGGGACUUUCCUGUGUGCACCCAGACCAUGAGAAGAGGCCACCAGUGAAGGAAGUUGCAAGGAUUCUUAGAGGUGAAGCACCACUUCCAUUGUUACCAGCGUGUAAACCAAGAAUUAGGAUUAGACCUGUUUUUCCUGAGGAUGCUUCAGCUGGAGAUCGUCCCAGCCUUGAUGAUCUACCAUGGAUGACCCCUAGGAGCCAUUUUAGCUAGGACUAGCUUAUAAAAAUGCCAUGUGACCAAAAAUUUAAGCGUAUGAUUUUGUUGUUGGUACAUACAAGCUUGGAGCUUGUUUUAAUCCUGAGGAAUUCUUUAGUCAGUACAUUCCAGAUUUGAGUCAAUGGCUCAUUAGAUAUUUUUUAGAAAACCCAUUUGGAUUAUUGUGUAUGCUUAGAUAUCAAAGAGAACUGAAAGCUAUCUCUAUUGUGUUCUUAUUAUGAUUUUUUAUG